UCAACAAACAUGAUUCCUUGGUUUUCCUCAGUCAGGAUCGAGAACUCAAGCGUUUCAGCACAGCCUGGGGACACACUUAAUAUUCAUAAGUAGUAUUUGAUGUGAUGAGUCCGCACACGCCCGCAGACAACAGCAUUCCUGUCAUGUCAGUGUCAACACCACGCAGCUCUUUAAUAAGUGAAAACGAACUAUUGCAUAACCCAUCCAACAGCCGGAGACAGAGUCUGUCUGCAGGAGCUGGACAUCUCUGGACAUGGACACACAUACUCUGAGCCUCGUGGAAAUGUUGCUUACCCUAUUAACCCACCCGGUCCUCAACUUUGGUACACUUUCCCCACCACCGCCCUGCCCCCUCAACCUUUCACCCCCCGGCCUACCAAAAUUUCCCAGACAAAUGUUGGCAGGGUCGUGUGUGAAGUGCAGUGAAGGAGUUUUCAGCUCUGAUCAGGCCUGUCGAGCCAUGGGUCGAGUUUACCAUGAUCACUGCUUUACCUGCUGCACGUGCGGCCAGAAACUGAAAGGGAAGCCCUUUUAUGACUUUUCAGGACAAGUGUUCUGCGAGGAGGAUUAUUUGUAUUCCAGCGUCAAGCACUUUGCGGAGGUCUGCUCAUCCUGCGGCUAUAUAAUCACAGAUACGGUGCUCCAGGCUUUGGGAAAGUCCUUCCACCGCGAGUGUUUCCGCUGUGUGGUCUGCAACGAGACUCUGGAGGGACAGCAGUUCAGUGUGGACACACAAAAUAAGAUCUACUGUGUGAAAGAUUACCACAGGUUUUUAGCCCAGACCUGUGCUAUAUGUGAGCAGCUCAUCCUUCCCAUUGAGGGUUCAAAUGAGAUUGUGCGUGUGUUGUCAAUGGGCAGAAGCUACCAUUUGGCCUGUUAUGAAGGAAAAAGCAACAUUUAAUCUCUGUUUAUGAGUCUCUUCAUAAUUAUUCACUAUUGAUUAUUCAUUGUAUUGUUUGAAACAGUUAAUGUUGUGUUUUUAAAUCAUUGGUAGUACCUUGAAGUACUUUAAAUGUUGAAGUUUGACAUGUUGAAGCUUGAAUUUAAAUGGCUAGAAAUAUACCAAAGCACCACAGUAUUAUAUAAUUUCACUACAAUACACAGAGGCUUUGGUAUAUAUUUUUUACUUGUUACCAAACUUUGUCAGGGAAAUAGUUUAAUUAUACUUUAUCUUAAAAAACAGAAUGCUGUGUCUUUUUAAAAUUUAGAAAAAUAAAAUAAAUUGUACAAUCUUAUCA